AUGGCCGAAGCACAUCCAUGGCCUAGCCGGUUCUUCUGUCACAGAUGCUCCGCGGAAAUAAGUCCUCGCCUUCCCGAUUACACCUGUCCAAGAUGUGAAUCGGGGUUCAUUGAGGAAUUGCUGGAAGAAAGAAGUGCUGACAAUGGCUCCGUGUCUUCCAUCUCCAGCGGGCCACAAAACCAGCAACCAUUUGAGAGCACAGACCAGCACUUGUUUACAUUCCCGUCGGGCUACGGCCAGUUCUCACUAAGCGUCUUCGAUGACGCCUUCGACUUUGGGGCCGGACUCGGAGCAGAAGACAACCGCGACGCCGAGAGCCGGCGAGAAAGGGAGAAUGCGUCGCGGCAACGCUACAGCACCAGGCAACCAAGGAGUCGUCACGGCUCCAGACGGCAGCCGGGCAGACAUGAUGGAGUUCCGACUUUGGAGGGAAUCAUUCAGCAACUAGUGAAUGGAAUCAUUGCGCCGACUGCGAUGCCAAAUAUUGGAGUUGGACCCUGGGGCGUUCUUCAUUCGAAUCCUAUGGAUUAUGCAUGGGGUGCUAAUGGGCUAGAUGCUAUUAUAACACAGUUAUUAAACCAGUUUGAGAACACGGGGCCUCCGCCUGCUGAUAGAGAUAAAAUAAAAAAUCUUCCUUCAGUCUUAGUUUCAGCGGAGCAUGUUGCUUCAGGGCUGGAAUGUCCAGUGUGCAAAGAAGAUUACAGUGUGGGAGAAAACGUGAGGCAGUUGCCGUGCAAUCACAUGUUCCACAAUGAUUGCAUUGUACCCUGGCUAGAGCAGCACGACACGUGUCCAGUGUGCAGGAAAAGCUUGAGCGGCCAGAAUACGGCGACUAACCCUCCAGAACUAUCAGGGAUUAACUAUACCUCCUCCUCUUCCUCCACUUCCUCAACAUCUUCCUCAUCCUCUUCCACCCCGCAAUCCUCCAGCUCUACCAGUAAUGAGAACUCCACUGACAACUCGUAG